AUGCAAGCACCCAUGUUACAAGAAAGUAACUACUUUAAAACAUGUCUUAAAAAUUGGCAAGAACCUUGCAUUGUCCUAUAUGGAGCAAAAUUCAAAAAUAUAGAUAAAAAAGAAUCAAUAAACAUUCCUAAAAAUGCUUUUAAGAUUGAUAAAUAUACCUUAAUAGAGACUGAGAAUGUUAAAUUAACAAGAUACAUUAAUCAAUGGCCACUCUUGAUUCUUGUAAUCAAUGUUACAGGUAUUAGUUUUACUGAUGAAGAAAUGUAUCUUGAAAAUAAAGAUCUUUUAGAAGAAAUUAAUUUUCCUUUAGAAGAUGUAAAUUUAAAGCAAAGAUAUCAUCUUACAAGAGUUUUCUUUUGUAAUAUGUUUUUGUUAGAUGUUAUUCUUAAAUUCAAAGAUAAUUUAAAUUUGCUAAAGGCAGAAGCAGAAAAAGCAAGAUUGAAAAAUUUUACUAUAGCAUUUAAAUAA